CCUUCUUUCCCUUUCACAUUUCAAGUUAGUAUAGCGGGAAUUUAGUGUAUCGAGUUGUCUUAAUUGAAAUUUUUGUGUACCUGAAGUUAAAAUUUCAACAAACUUUUUUUAGAUUAAAGUGGUGCUUAGACUUGUUUACAUGUGCACAUAUCGACUAUUUUAUCAAUAAUAUAAAUAUUAUUUUUUAUCCACAUAAGUAUAUCGAGUGAUUCCGUCCACAAAAUUUUACGAGUUUUGUAGUAUGAAGGAGAGUGGUGGUAGAAAACAAGGUGCAACUUCUCCAUGUGCAGCUUGUAAGUUGUUAAGGAGAAGAUGUACACAAGAUUGUGUUUUUUCACCUUAUUUUCCAGGUGAUGAACCACACAAGUUUGCAAGUGUUCAUAAAGUAUUUGGAGCUAGCAAUGUAAACAAGAUGCUUCAGGAAUUGCAAGAAUAUCAACGAGGAGAUGCAGUGAGUUCAAUGGUGUAUGAGGCAAAUGCAAGAAUGAAAGAUCCAAUUUAUGGUUGUGUUGGAACUAUUUCAUCUUUACAACACCAAAUUGAAUUUCUACACAAACAAUUAGCAAUUGCACAAGCUGAGCUAGUCCACAUGAAGAUGCCACAAUUCUCAUCCAUGUCCGGUGGCGCCGGCACCGCCGCAAACUCGCCGGGAAACGUGUGGUCACCGUCAUCUCAACACUUGCCGUUAGAUGUGCAUUCAGAAUUCGAAGUUUAUGGCCUCAUACAACAAUCUCAAAUUAAUAUAUUAUAGUCCACACUCAUAUAUUUUUCUUAAUACAUAUAUAUGGCUUGAAUAUAAUUUACUAUGUUUACGUGAAUCUGUAGUUAACAAGCCAAUAUAGAGAUGCCAUUAUAU